AUACAAAAUUACCAACUUUGUAUCAGUUAAAGAACUUACAUCCUAUGAUUCAGCCCCUAAAAUAGAUCUCAUCCCAAGUUUGGGAAGUUUCAUAUUAGAACCCAAAAAGAAAAAAGCACAGGGAUUAUUGGUUUUGGUUAAUCUAAGACAAGAAUGUGUGGAUUAAAUCUGGGUUUCAUUGUGAUAAUGAUAGGAUUAGUGGUGGAAACAGAGAUAGGGGAAUCGAUGAGAUUUGAGCUUGAAUCUGGGAAAACCAAAUGCAUUGCAGAAGACAUAAAGGCAAAUGCAAUGACGGUUGGGAAAUACAGCAUUGUGAAUCCAAGUGAAGGUCAACCUUUUCCUGAUUCUCAUAAACUGGUAGUCAGGGUGAGUUCAUCAAAGGGGAACAAUUAUCACCUAGGAGAUCAAGUGGAUUCAGGUACAUUUGCAUUUACAGCAGCAGAGAGUGGGGAUUACACCACUUGUUUUUGGGCAAAUAAACACAAUCCUCCUGUCAAGAUGACCAUUGAUUUCGAUUGGAAAAGUGGUGUUGCUGCUAAGGAUUGGUCCAAGGUUGCUAAGAAAGGCCAGGUUGAUACAAUGGAAAUUGAGUUGAAGAAACUGUAUGACACAGUCGCAGCCAUUCAUGAAGAGAUGUUCUAUCUUCGUGAGAGGGAGGAAGAAAUGCAGGAGCUAAACAAAGAAACAAAUUCAAAAAUGGCUACUCUUAGUUUCUUUUCGCUGCUUCUUUGCUUGUCUGUGGCUGGCUUGCAGAUAUGGCAUCUAAAGUCAUUUUUUGAGAGGAAGAAGCUCCUCUAGUUUUCCUUCUCUUCCCUUACUAAGGCUCGAUUUUGGAUUCAAACAGAGC